UUGGCGGACGAGGCUCGUCGUCGCUCGCGGCUGCCACUGCUGCUUACUCGGAAGUGCUUCCGACGAUCUCGACCGGCCAGGGCACACGCCACCUGUUCACCUGAACCGUUGCUUUCCUGCGAUCACGGGUGCAUCGAUCUAAAUCACGUCCCCUUAGUAGAAGCGUCCUGCCUCUUCCCUUGGGUAGUUCGGAGGUCGGUCAUGGCUUGCAGCAUCCCUUCCCAGGGAACCCUCUUCCUCCGCGUCCCCCUCAAACCCUCCCUCAGAUCUCUCUUCUCCUCCUCCGCUUUAACCACAAGUACUUCUUGGAAGCCUCUUUUCCGUUCCUCCUCCUCCUCUGUUCUAUCCAGGAACGAUCGAUUUCUCUCAGCCUCCGCAUCCUUCGCCGACGACCUCCGCCCGGACCUCGGCGAGAAUCCCGAGGGCAUCAUCUCCGGGGAGUGGCCGGAUAAUAUGUCCCUCAUCAACUACGACGAUCUCCGCGCCUACCUGGAGACCCAGAUCAUCAGCCAUAAGACGAAGCCGUCGGCCAAGUUGGGGACGGUGAUGUCGACAGAGAUCCGGACGGCGAGGCCGGAGCAGACGCUGGAAGAAAUCAACCACAAGUUCGAGGUCGUGUCCGGUCUUCCUGUCGUCGAUGAUGACCUGAGGUGCAUCGGUGUCGUCUCCAAAAAGGACAAAGCCAGAGCAUCCAAUGGGUUGAAAUCCAAAGUUGGUGAAGUCAUGUCUUCUCCCGCAAUCAUGCUAUCGCCUGAGAAGACAGUUUUGGAUGCUGCGGCUUUAAUGCUUAAGAAGAAGAUCCACAGGAUACCGAUCGUAAAUGAGGAACAGAAAGUUGUAGGAAUGGUUACCCGAACCGACAUAUUCCAAGUGCUCGAAACAUAGGAGGUAUAGUCCGUCCUUUGAGCGUGCCCUUCUGUUAUGUUUAUGAGGAAUAAAGUCAAGGAGAUGAUUAGAAUACUAUAUGGCUCCGACUCGUGGGUUGUGAUGCUGUUAUUUACUGUGAUGAAACUAUCUAUUGCGGUUGUGGUUAUUAGGUCAUAAUUUUGUAAAGCUUACCAUGCUGUUUCCCACUGUCCUACAACUGUUCUUUCAAUUGGUAUUGUUAUCUGAUGCUUAGGACAAACCCUUUGUAUGUGGGUCCUUUUGCUGUCAUUGAAAGCUAAACUUAAGUGCAGCAUUAAUCGAAACCGACAUACAUUUAAGAAAA